AUAAACCUCAAAGAAGAAAUCCAUGCUGCGCAAUCAGCGAACCAAACCAACACACGAGGCAAUUUGGGACUAUGAAGGCUGACUAUUACGUAACUUAAAAAACGUCGAAUCUGGACGGAGAGAAUAUUUAGUCAAUUUAAACUUUCAAAGUAAUUGAAACAAGCACUUGGAGCUUUUCAGUAGGAGCGUUUCAUCUCGCUUCAGACAUGUCUCUGUUUAUUGUGAACAGGUAUCUUGGAAUGGAGGAAGAUGGGAGCGUUUCAAAAGAAUCUCAGUCUCAGGUGUUGCUUGCUAAACUGCAGCAGAAGGCUAAAGAGAAGCAGAAACAGAGUUUGACAGAACAGAGACCAGACCUGUUUGAGAAGCAGACACUACAGCUGGUUGACAAAAAGAAAAGAAGAGCUGACAAGGACAGCAGUCAGGAGCCUCAACACCACAAAAAGAGGAAUUCAGAAGUAGCUCCUUUGUGUGAGUUGAGCUCUGCAAACCAUGAUGAGCCUGUCAAAGAGAAAAUUAAUAAGAAAGGUUUGAAUGCGAGACCGAAAAAGAAAAAAAAGAAUCUUACAGACAGUUCACCUCAAUGUCUGUCAGAGCCUCCUGUGACUGGAAGAGAUGGACCAGAGGACAGUGAAGCAGCAGAGGCAGACAAUUACCGAUUAAAGCAAACCACAGAGAUGUCUUCCACUCCAAUUGGAUUCACAGUUGUGGGAGGAUUUGAAAACAAACCUUUCCAAAAGAUACAAAGAGUCCUGCCACAGUGGCUUGCUCAGCCUGAUGUGAUUCACAGAGACAUUAAAAACAACCAGGUCCCCAUCUCUGACAUCUCCCAGCUGUGUGCGCCACUUGUGAAAAAACUACAGAAUAAUGGAAUUCAGCACUUCUUUCCUGUUCAAGCAGAGGUCAUUCCGGCCAUCUUGGAGAGCAUGCAGCUAGGGCUGCUUAUCGGACGUGGUGGCUACAAGCCGAGAGAUAUCUGUGUGUCUGCACCUACAGGCAGUGGCAAGACUCUUGCAUUUGUGAUACCUGUCAUUCAGAUGUUGAUGGAGCGGGUGGUGUGUGAAGUCCGGGCUUUGGCUGUGUUGCCAACCAAAGAGCUCGCUCAGCAGGUUUGCAAAGUGUUCACAUCAUAUGCUGAGGGAACAACUCUGAAAGUGGUGAUGCUGGCUGGUCAGAGGUCCUUUGCUGCAGAGCAGGCUUCACUCUCUGAACAAAGUGGAGGCAUAAGCCGCAGUUUAGCAGACAUUGUUGUGGCCACUCCAGGUCGACUGGUUGAUCACAUCAACAAGAAUUCCGGCUUAUGUCUGAAACAUCUGAGGUUCCUUAUAAUUGAUGAGGCUGAUAGGAUGAUUGAAAGCAUGCACCAGUCUUGGCUCAAUCAUGUGGUGAGGGCAGUGUUCAGAUCAGGAAGUGACCAAAGAUCAAUGUCCGUCUUCAGGAGAACUGAACCUGCAUACAUCACAGCAGCCAGUCUGUCUCCACCUCAGAUGCCACUACAGAAGCUGCUGUUUUCUGCCACACUCACACAAAAUCCAGAAAAGCUUCAGCAGCUGGGCCUCCACCAGCCCAGACUCUUUAGCUCCCUCCAUAGAUGCAGCAACAUCACCACACCUGCAGUUCCCAACCACAAACAAGAGCGGUUUGACUUUCCCCAAGGCCUGACGGAGCACUAUGUUCCCUGUACGUUAAGCAGCAAACCCCUCCUCAUCCUUCACUUCCUCCUACGAAUGAAGCUCAGCCCCAUCCUCUGCUUCACCAAUUCCAGAGAGACUGCACACAGACUGUUCCUCCUAGUACAGCUCUUUGGUGGAGUUAAUGCUGCUGAAUUCUCCUCACGCCUCUCUCCUGGAGAGAGAAAGAAGAAGCUGAAAGAAUUUGAACAAGGAAAAAUACAACUGUUGGUCUGCACCGAUGCAGCUGCCAGAGGAAUUGACAUUAACAGAGUCAAAUGUGUUGUGAAUUACGAUGCACCACAAUACAUCAGGACAUACAUUCACAGGAUUGGAAGAACAGCAAGAGCAGGAAAAACAGGCCUGGCCUUCACCCUCCUACUCCGAGUUCAGGAGAAGAGCUUCCUUCAGAUGGUGGUGGAUGCAGGAAGCCCUGGGAUUCAAAAGCAGAUUGUUAAACAUGAGAACCUCCAGAGUAUGGAACCCAGAUAUGAACAAACACUGCAGGAGUUGGCUAUGGUUAUUAAGGAUGAGAGAGCCAAAUAAUGGAUCAACACCAACAUUUUCUGCUGUUGACAUCUGUGCCUUACCAUGCAUUUUAUCUGCUGUUGGUUGCUACUAAUGUUUAAUAAAACAUGACGUUUGUAUGAUGAAGCUGCUGACUUUAGCUUCGCACUGACAGCUCCCAUGUGAAGAUCUAAAGAAUUGAAAAGGAGCUGAGGUUAUUUUUACCAUGGACUCCAUGUAAUGGCUCAUUAGCCUGUCAAUCUACAAAGUGAUCAGUUCAUCAAUGGCAGCAAAAAAAACAUAAUUUAAGACAAAUAAGUUAAUAAGUCCCAAAUUAUGAAUCCACAAACUAAUUAACAGUUUGUGUAUAAAGAGAACUCAAUAAAUAUGAAGUGAUAUGUGAGUGUUUUUGUGGUUGGAUAGUGAUUUACUAUGAUUCAUGUAAUUCAUUCUCAUAAAAUAUUUUUGGGAAUUUCUUACUCUAUGAUUUACCAUCUGCUAUUUAAUAAACACAUUGAACUAGAAGUAA